AUGGCAAUAAUUGUUGAACUGGACACCGGCUGGUCCGGUUCAAUAACAUUAGAUAAAAGUCAGAUUUGGCUUGACCAGCCUACCCAAUCAGCUACUGCCAAGCAAGCCGAGCUGCCGCCAAUGGAAAGGAUGUCCCAAGGAGCUAUCUAUUGGGCCUUAGCUAAUGGACCUGAGGCAAGCUAUUUAGAUGCUAUUUAUCAAUUGGGCUCUUCCAGAGAAGAAUGCGAACACUAUGCUGAAGAAGUGCAAAAACUAGCUUACAAAUUGUUGGAACUCAUAUCUCUAAGCUUAGGCCUGCCGGCUAAUCGUCUGAACGGAUUCUUUAAAGACCAUCGCAGCUUCAUCCGACUCAACCACUAUCCAGCUUGUCCCGUUCCUCACCUUGCUCUUGGGGUUGGCCAGCACAAGGAUGGCGUUGCCCUAGCCAUCCUCGCUCAAGACGAUGUUGGAGGACUCGAAGUGAAGCGAAAAACAGAUGGAGAGUGGAUUCGGGUCAAACCUACUCAUGAUGCUUAUGUUAUCAAUGUUGGUGACAUUAUUCAGGUUUGGAGCAAUGAUAGGUAUGAAAGUGUGGAGCACAGGGCAGUAGUGAAUUCUGAGAAAGACAGAAUCUCCAUCCCAUUCUUCUUCAGCCCCGCUCACUACACCAUUGUGGAACCCUUGGAAGAGCUAAUAAAUGAUCAAAACCCUGCCAAGUAUAAGCCAUAUAACUGGGGGGAGUAUUUCACAAACCGAAUACGCAGCAAUUUCCAGAAGCUUGAUGUUGAAAAUAUUCAAAUCUAUCAUUUCAAGCUCCCAGAUAAAUUUGGUUAAAGGGAAGAAUCGCCUUUGUGCAAGCAUCAUCAAUACAAGUGUCUUAGCUUUGCCUUCCUAUGAAAUAUUAUCCUCCGUAUAAUUAUAAAUAAUGGAUACUCCUAUAUAUAAAGAUGGAUAUUGAAAUAAAAGUUACUUGUUGAUUUUCCUUCUUUUCUC